AUGCCCCCGAAUCCAUUGUCCCUCAAGCAGCGGCUUGCGGCGCUCUCGGCAAAUCUCAACUCGCCGUCGCGCUCUGCAUUUGACGCACCCCCCGACUCCCCCCUGACGGCGAAGCGCAAGUCCUUCUUCAAGCAGCCGUUCCGCAAGAACUCUACCUCCGAUAACGGACCUCCAGAACUCUACGGGCACGAACGCAUUCAGGAGGUUAUGAGCAGGCUGAUCUUCCAGGCAGGAGUGGACUAUGAGAUUGUGAUGUGCGCGGCUGCAAUGCCUGACCCACAGGACGUCUCCUAUGACUUGCUCUUGAGCCGCAUCUUGUCAUAUUUGGAUCUUUAUGUUGAGUCGGACUACACGGUCGUAUUUCUGGCUGCCGGCAACCGACAUACACCGGGUUGGAAUUGGGUCUGGAAAGCAUACCGGAGUUUGAGUCGCAAGUAUCGCAAAAACCUCAAACGCCUGUUUUUCCGCAAGAUAACUUAUAUCAAUACCCUUUCGGAGUUGGCAUACCACAAUCUCAAGCAUGAGAAGCAAAUCCAACUUCCGGUCAUGACGCGAUCAGACCUUUUCGGCGUCCCGCUUGAAGAACUCAUGGGAUUCGACGGAGAGAAGGGCGGGCUGCCACGGGUUGUCCGUGACUGUAUACAAUAUCUCCGCGCUACAGGCUUGCAGGAUGAGGGCCUGUUCCGUCGGUCACCCAAUUCGGUGUUGCUAAAACAGGCAGCUCAGGCGUACGAUCGCGGUCACGUCGUGUCUCUAGACACCUUCGGGGACCCUCAUCUGGCCGCGAUGCCCUAUGCCGACGAAGACCUCAACGACAUGGCCGCUAUCAUGUACAUUAGGGAAAUUCUCCUUCCUGAGCUUCCACCAUGCGUUUACAUCCUCUUGAACAGCAUCCUCCAUCUUCUAUAUGAUGUGCAGAGACAUUCCGCAGCGAAUCGCAUGGAUGCUCACAAUCUCACCGUCGUGAUCUGCCCCAACCUCGUCUCAAGCUCAAACCCCAUGCGCGAUGUCAUGAUGUGCUCUGUUCCCAAUGCGCCCACCCUCUUCGACUCGACACGCGCUGCAUCCAGCACGAACCUUCCCUCCCAGCUCCAGUCGCAGUCCCAGGGCACCCCAUCUCAGCAGCCUCCACGCUCACCCUCACAACACCAUGCAUCACUUUCAGCCCCGCCGCCACCGCCUGCUCCAGAGGGUAAGACGACACUUGGGAUGGUGAUCAAGCUCUGUAUUCAACGCUAUUACGAGGUCUUCGACGACGUCCCCGACCGCUCCGAAGCGCUCGCGCCCGACCACGCGCAGGACAUUCUGCACCACCCCGACCCCGCGUUCGCGGCGCUGGGCUCUCCGGGGAGCCCGUCGCUCAACAACCGCGACAGCGCGCUGCUCGACGACGACGACAUCGACGACGCGAUGCUCGUCAUGCCCCUCGGUCCCGGGAGCGCGAACCCGAGCCGCUUCUCCAGCGCCGGUGGCCACAGCACCUUCCGCCCGCACCACCGCACCGGCGGUUCGCGCGACGUCACCGCGCGCUCCGUCGGCGGUGGCGGGCCCCCGAGCGCGUACGCCACCGUGAACGCGAACCGGACGCGGUCGACGAUCAGCAUCGAGCGCGGCCACGCCGGCGGCGGCGCGGGCGGGCGCAAGGGCUCCAUCGCGCUCGGGCGCGGCACGCAACGUGGGACGGGCAAGGGCGCGGGCGCGGGCGUCACCGCGGUGAGCAUCACCGCGGAGGGCUUCUUCAGUGCGCCCGACGCGCCGCCCGUCCCCGCCCUCCCGGCGCAGGACGCGAACGGGGACGCGCAGUGA